AUGUCGGACACCGAAUUCCCCUACAGCCUAACCCUCUCCAUCCCCCUCCCGACGACACGACUCGCCUCGUCGGCCCUCCGCGCCCUCGAAGUCGACACCGAGCUGUCCCCCUUCGUGCGCCGCGAACUGGCCGUGACUUCUUCGCCGAAGGGGUCCGAUCCCAAGCCCGACGAGCCGGCGAUCUUGGAGACGACGUACCGCGCAACUACGAAUCGGAUGCUGCGGGUGGCUGUGAACGGGUUCAUGGAGAGUCUGGGCGUGGUGGUCGGCGUGAUGGAGGAGUUGGAUGUGGACGUGCUGGACGCUGAGGAGGACCAGGAGAAGAAAUGA